UGGUUUAGUUCUUGGCACCUAGGCGUUUGACCUGGUUCAUUUUAUGAGUGUUUACAACAACGACAUGCUAUCGAUAUCAUUGAUAUCAUUGUGUUUGACUUUGUGUCUUGUUCUAGACACAACUUGUCUUCUGGAUCUGAAUUCCCAGCAGUCGCCCACUACACAAUCAACGUCAUUCCUUAACCAACUUCUUCUCCAAGAACAGCAACUCCGCAUAGAAUUGCAAAAACAGAUCACCGGAAUUCAAUCCCAAAUACAAGAUCUGAGACAGCAUGUUGUCAGUUGUGAGCAAGACAAUAGAAACCUCCAAUCCAAGUAUGCUGAGCUUAGCACCAACCUUUCGAUCAGUGCAAACAACGUUGUACAAGUGGCCUUCUUUGUAAGACUCCGCGACAAAAUAACCAACCACCAUAUGUCCACCAUCAUGGUUUUCGACGACGUCCAGUUGAACACAGGAAACGCUUACGACCCUCACGUCGGGACGUUCACCGCUCCAGUAGAGGGGGUUUACAAAUUCGACCUUGUCCUUUCCUCUAAUGUGGAAAACGGUCACGGAGAGAUGAUGCACAAUGGCGUCAAGAUAUUGGAUGUAUACGCGGAUAAGGUCAACCAGUCCUUUUAUGGUCGCGGAAGCGGAAGUAUCAUAGUGCGAAUGGCAAAGGGUGAUAAAGUAUGGAUCCAACAUAUUGAUGUUGGAAACACUGUUAUCAAUGGGGGUAUAGAAACUGCAUUUUCCGGACAUCUUUUGUUUGCAGCUUGAGGAAUAAAUUUUAUUUGAUAAUAAAAAUAUUAGAGUAUA